CCCCCCGGGCGGACGUGAUGUCACGACUGUGAUGGCCGCCGCCAGCCCUGCGGCCACGUGGUAGGCGCCGGCGGAGGCAGCGACCAAUAUACCUUCAGCCUGGAUACCAGUGCUAACAGUAACUUUCAACCUGGCUAAAGACUCGCCCAUCUCAUUGCUAUCAUGAUGAAGACAAAAAAAGGAAAUAAGUUUAGAGCUUCCUUUAAAUCAAAACAAAGGGGUAUCAAAGUAGUAGGAAAAUGGAAACCUGUCAAAAUCGACCCAAAUCUAUUUGCUGAUGAGCAGCUUGGAGAUCUGGUGUGCUUUGAGGAGCUUACAGAUUAUAAAUUAAUAAAUUCCUCUAAAUCUGGAAAAGAAAAAGGCAAGAAGAGAAAAUCUGAUAGUGUCUCCAAAGAGGAGGAUUCUACCAACCAAAAAAAAAAGCAAAAGAAAGGCAAAGGUUUGGGAACUAGAACAAGUAAAAAUGAUCAUUCUGAGGAGAGAGAUGACAUACUCACUGAUCAAGAAGAUGAACCUAAAGAUACCAUCACAUUGACUGAUUCUGAAGAAAAUGAAAACAAAGCUGAAGCUGCUUCAAGCACAGAAGAAACUUUGAGGAAGAAGAAGAAAAAAAAGAAAGCAUCUCCACCCCAGCAAGCUCCUCCUCCAGCAAAGUCUUCUAAGAAGGUUACAAAUUGGACCACUCAGGUUUUAUCUGCGUCAUCUGAUCAAACAGCUGAUGUGUCUGCAUGGAAAGACCUCUUUGUUCCAAAACCAGUUCUGCAGGCCUUGAGUUCUCUGGGAUUUAGUGGUCCAACUCCUAUUCAGGCAUUAGCUCUGCCUUCUGCAAUUCGAGAUCAUAUGGAUAUUCUGGGUGCUGCAGAAACAGGAAGUGGGAAGACGCUGGCAUUUGCAAUUCCAAUGAUCCAUGCUGUGCUAGAGUGGCAAAACUCAAAAAGCUUGCCAAGCAGAAGUGCCAGUGCAGACCUGGUAUGUGAAGAUGGCCAAGAAACAAAUUGGGAAAAUGAUAAUAAAAUGGAAGACCCAAGUCCUGAGCAGGGUGAAGAAGAUAACGAUACCAAUGAAUCUAUCACGAUAGGCUGCAUGAAGGUGCUAGAAGAUACAGACUUUGAUUUUGAUAACAGCAAACAUGCUGUCGACUCAGAUAAAAACAGGCCUCUCUUAGGACUUGUUCUGGCUCCUACAAGAGAAUUAGCAGUACAAGUAAAACACCAUAUUGAUGCAGCAGCCAAAUUUACAGGCAUUAAAACUGCAAUUCUGGUUGGUGGCAUGGCUCCUCAGAAACAGCAGAGAGUCUUGAAUCAGAAGCCGGAAAUUGUAAUUGCAACCCCAGGCCGCCUUUGGGAACUAAUUAAAGAGAAACACCCACAUCUCUCAAAUCUCCGGCAGCUCAGGUGUCUUGUGAUCGAUGAAGCAGAUCGAAUGGUUGAAAGGGGACAUUUUUUGGAACUGUCUCAGUUGCUAGAGAUGUUAAAUGAUUCGCACUAUAAUCCUCAGCGUCAGACUUUUGUGUUUUCUGCUACACUAACUUUGGUCCAUCAGGCUCCCACAAGAGUUUUGCAGAAGAAAAAUGCUAAGAAAGUAGACAGAAAGACCAAACUGGAAAUGCUAAUAGAGAAAGUAGGGAUAAAGGGCAAGCCCAAAAUAAUCGACCUAACAAGGAAAGAGGCCACUGUAGAGACACUGACAGAAACCAGGAUCCACUGUGACAAAGAAGAGAAGGACUAUUAUCUCUAUUACUUCCUACUUCAGUACCCAGGAAGGACCAUGGUUUUUGCAAACAGCAUUGACUGCAUAAAACGUCUCAGUGCUCUCCUCACAAUCCUAGACUGUAAUCCUCUGCCAUUGCAUGCAAACAUGCACCAGAAGCAGAGGUUAAAAAACCUGGAAAGGUUUGCUGAGCAAGAGAGCUGCAUCCUCUUGACAACAGAUGUUGCAGCUCGUGGCCUUGAUAUUCCUAAUGUGCAGCAUGUCCUCCAUUACCAGGUUCCACGGACUUCUGAGAUUUAUGUGCACAGAAGCGGCAGGACAGCCCGAGCUGCCAACAACGGCCUGAGCUUGCUGCUGAUUGGCCCUGACGACAUGAUUAAUUUUAGAAAGAUCUAUAAGACGUUGGAAAAGAAUGACGAUCUUGCAUUUUUCCCUGUUGAAACAAAAUACAUAACUGCUGUCAAAGAGCGUGUGAAUUUAGCAAGGCAGAUCGAGAAGAUGGAAUAUUACAACAGUAGAGCAAAGCAGCAUAACUCCUGGUUCCAGCAGGCUGCAGAGGCUCUCGAAAUCGAUCUCGAUGAUGAUGUCCUUAUAGGGGGAAGAUCUAGUGAACAAGAAGAGAGUAAGCAGCAGAAGAUGCUGAAAGGAAUGAAAAAACAUCUGAAACAUCUGCUAUCUCAACCACUGUUUAAAAUCCUUAUGAAGACCAAAUAUCCAACACAGUCUGGAAAGCUACUUCUCCCUCGGUCACCAGUGAGCAGUUCGGAAUCUGCUUUGAGCACUGUAUCAAAACAACAAGCCAAGAGGAAGAAAAAGAAAGGGCUGAUUACAGAUGAAUUGGAGAAAUGAUUUUUUAAGACAGUUAAGAGUGGGAGAGAAAGGGAUGGAUCUCAUGCCUAUUAGUGACUGUGUUUAAACGGUCCUGGUGGAGAUUGGGCAACAAAAUAUUUGGCACUAAGUGGAUGGAAGUUCUAGCCAAAUAACUUCUAAGUAUUUCAGAUUGUAAGAUAGUGCAAGACAUGCUUGAAAAUUGAGCUAAAGACAGUUGUUAACAUGAGAACUGUAAUUUACUGAUUCGUUAUGAAUGUCAGAACUCCUGUUUUUUCUAAUUUUAUUGACCUUUUAUUCUAAAGUUUAUAAUGAAAUAUAUUUUUGGAAAAUGUUA